AUGAGAGUGCAUCUUCAUAAUGACGUGGAUUCAGGACUUUACGCAGAAAUUUUGUUGAAAAUUAGUGAUGGUUGUUUAGACGUUGACGCUGAAGGCUACAUAUCACUGUCAAGAGAAUUUUGUAAUUUAGUAGAAAGUGAUGUGGAUCUCAUUGCUAAUGUUUUUCCGGAAUUGCAACAAAAUUUUAGUAGUGAUCAGUGGUUGUGUGCAAGAGCAAUAUUAGCACCAAGAAAUGAAAUUUUAAACGAGGUUCAAGGAGAAAUGAAGGAAUAUUUGUCAGUGGAUACAAUUAUUAAUACGGAACUAAGUACUUCAUAUCCUGUGGAGUUUUUAAAUUCACUUGAACUAUCGGGUGUACCGUCACAUAAACUUCAAUUGAAACUAAAUGUAAAAGUAAUGCUUAUGCGAAAUCUAGAUGCUCCUCGGCUAUGUAAUGGAACAAAGCUUCGAAUAACAAAAUUGGGACAGAACAUACUUGGUGCUACUAAUUUAACAGGUGUCGGUAAGGGAAAUAGUGUUAUAAUACCUCGGAUACCAAUUAUUGCCACUGACCUUCCAUUCCAAUUUAAAAGGGUUCAGUUUCACGUCAAGCUUAGCUUUGCUGUUACUAUAAACAAGGCACAAGGACAAACAUUACAGGUAGCAGGAGUGCAUUUAGAAAACCCAUGCAUCUCUCAUGGUGAACUUUAA